AUGAUGAAGAUGAUCUGCGAAGCUCCCCCGUGGACAGACUCCAAGAAGGCUCCUCCUGCCCCCAAGCCAUCUGUUGAGGCUAAGAAGACCGAGGAUCGCCCUUCUGAGCUCAAGAAGACACCUCCAAUGGUGGCCAAGAACUCUACCAUGCUUAAAGAGGCAAUCAAGGGUCAGCAUGCCUCGAUCGAAGCUAAUCACUCAUUUCCCGAACUACCUCCAAAGAAGGUCAAGGAGUUGAGCUUGUCUAAAGAAAAGCUUGAGACUGAGGUCAAGUUGAAGAUAGAUGGUCUUGCGCAAGCUCAGAGGGAUGUGGUUGAUGCUUGGGAAGUGGCAAAGUUGGCAAAGGAUAACCUGAAAGAAUUGGGCAUAGUCUGCGACACAUAA